GUGAGGAACGUAAGGGCAGGUGAGAGUGGAGAUGAGGCAGUCACCAUGCAGCGAGAAGGCAAUGCAGUUCUGUUCCACCUGUAGCACCACUCACUCCAGACUCGAGAAUGUGAACACACUCUAAAAGCAGCUCAGGAAACAGAAACAAGACAGGAACACAAACAGGCUUGUAAGGCGUACUGUGCUGCAGCUGCUCGGCUGGUCAAGCGUACACUGUUGUGUGGUCUCAGCGUUCUGCAUGUACACAGGUCCGUAAUUCCAAGACAUUUCUGCAGAUACUACAGAAAUGGAGGUCAAUGUCAAUGACUUCUGUAGUAUUGACACACGUUCUGGCCUUCACAGUGGAGACUAGAUAAAAGUAUAUACACAUUGUUUCUCGUCUCUCAGUCCAAGUAAGCGGAAGUGAUCAGACAUAAAUGAGGUUUGAAUGAUCUGAUGUACCUGUAAGAUGGACCUGGGAGCGAAUGUGUGGCAUACCCAGGCGAUAGUGGACGCUGAAGUGGAGAAAGGUCCUGAGCUGCAAUGCUCCAUUUGCUUCACCACCUAUGACAAUGUCUUCAAAACCCCAAAACAGCUGGACUGCACACACACGUUCUGCCUGGAGUGUCUCUCACGCCUCAUGGCCAUCUGCAUGGACCCUCAGGAAAGCAAAAUCUCAUGUCCCUUCUGCCGACAUCUUACGACCAUCCCUGAAAAUGGCCCUCCGGCUCUGACCACCAGUCACGAGGUUCUGUGUCGUCUUCCCAAGCACCAGCAGCAGGAGGAGUCCGUGUGGCUCGAGGGAGACAAGCUGUGCUACAAGCGGCCAUUUAAAACAGGCAUGCCGGCUUUCUGCAUCUGCAUAGACAUUGGUGGCAGUGGGCAAGCCGCAGUUUCUCCACCUCAGACGCGUUCCAGGCCAGCCCUGAUAGACAGACUCACUAACUGGAAGAAGUUGCUGCUGUUUAUUGUAAUUACAGUGCUAGUGGCGGUGAUUGUGUUGUGGCCACUGCAGUGUAUCGUCACCACGGGAUCGAUGCGCUGUGUGCCUCGAUCCCCUUAUCCCAACACCAGCACCACUGCACCACGCACGCUGUGGGACGCCCAUAACUGACACAAACUGUCCGUCUUACACUCCUGAGACUGUACACUCAACAAUGAUGGGCAAGACAUAAAAAUAAAAGCUAUUAUUAUUAGAAACUGAAAAUGGGCUUUCAAAAGAUCUGUGUGACCUUUCAGUUCUAAUUAGUGUUCUUGCCAUGUCAUGUAUGCACUGUCAUGUAUGCACUGUCAUGUAUGCACUGGCCAUUCAUUCAUUCAUUCAUUUUUUUGUUCAGGGUUGUGGUGGAAUCCAAACACUGAACUCGAGGUAAGACUACUUGAUGGGAUGCAAGUCCAUCACCAAUACCACACACACACACACACACACACACACACACACACACACACACACACACACACACACACACACACACACACACACACACACACAGACACAGACACAGACACACACACACACACACACACAGACACACACACACACACACACACACACACACACACACACACACACACACACACACACACACACACACACCUCACCAGUCCACCUACCGUGUUGUUUUGGAAGGUGAAAAGAAAGCAGAGAACCCAAUGAAACUCACACAGACACAUGGAGAACAUUAAACUCUCCACACAGACAGAAACCUGAGUUCACGAUCAAACCCUGAAGCUGAGACGUGGUGACAUUUCCAACUGCGCUACAGUGAGCCGAGGGUAAUGCAAAUAUUUUCAUCAGCCUCUUGAGAUAAAUCAAUGGCUUUGAUCAGUAAGCACAGGACUGGAGUGAGUUAUUAUAGCACUAAUGAGAUGAUGAGGUACUGUAGCACCCGUGCACAAACGUACCACCAUUUAAAGGUCCAAAACAGUGGACUUCAGCACUUUCAUUAUCUGUGAUUGUAGAAACUAAUGUGAGUUUGUUUGCAUUUUUUUUAAGAUCCAAAGCCAAAAGAUUUUUUUUAACUGUAUGAAAAAAAUGUAAAAAAGAGAGAAAUUGUUGAUCUUGGAACAGUAUUUAAGUGGUUCUUUCCAGUGGGUGAGACAUCGCAUGCCAAAAUCCAUUAAAAGGUUAUAUUAACUUUUUGUAAGUGCACUAUGAAUAUCUUUGUGGUUUUUCAUACACACCAACAUUUCUGUAAUAAUUCUAUGUCUUGUAUCUGGUGUAUUUGUUCACAUUGUAUUUUUGACUGUAUCUCUUUUUGUUUUGUGUACAAAAUAGUAAAUGCUGACUAAACACCAACGUUCGGAGGAAAAAUGUCCAUGAUCGAGACUAAUGGUUCUGUUUUAAUAGUGUAAACACACUCUUUGCUGUAAACACACUCCUUGCUGUAAACACACUCUUUUUGCUAACUUUCUGUUAUGUGUCAGUAUCGGUAGCUCAGUUUCCCAUGUGUGACCUGAACUGAAACUCAGCCAGUCAAUCAUGACCACACACACACACACACACACACACACACACACACACACACACACACACACACACACACACACACACACACACACACACACACACACACACAGGGCACU